UUCAAGCAGCGGUAUUGGGCAGCCGCUUGAUGUCGUUCGUGCAGGAGAACCACAGUGUUGAAGUCAAACAGCGGUUUCUGUGGAGUGAUUCCGCAACAGUGCUGGCCUGGUUACGAGCCGAUCAUCGUCGGUACAAGCAGUACGUUGCCUGCCGAGUAGGAGAGCUUCUUUCUACAACGGAUGUAGCUGAAUGGCGGUGGGUUCCCAGCAAAUCGAAUCCAGCGGACGCUGCCACGAAGUGGGGAAAGAACUCAUGCCCGAAAGAAUGCGACGAAUGGUUUAAGGGACCUGAGUUUUUGCGGCUGUCCGAAGACAAUUGGCCGGAGCAAGUGAAAACAUCAACGGCUCCUGAAGAAGAACUACGGCCCUGCUUGGUGAUCCAAGGAGCGACUAUUCCGGAGUGUGUGGUGGAUUUCGCCCGGUUCUCAAGGUGGAGACGACUUCUUGGAGCAAUAGCAUAUGUACACCGUUUCAUAGACAACUGUCAGCGGAGGCGAAGAAAUGAGAAGCCGGAACUACUGCAUCUGAGUCAGGACGAGCUGAGAAAAGCGAAGAGCACGAUAAUACGGAUGGUACAGUGGCAGGAGUUUCCCGCAGAAAUGGCCUCGCUUACGAGAGGACAAACGGAGUUGCCUAAGACAAGCCGUUUGUAUCAAACAACGCCGACAAUGGAUGAACACGGAGUGCUGCGCGUUGAUGGACGAAUUGGAGCCGCACCACAUGCCGCAUUCGAUGCCAGGUUCCCGGCGAUUCUCCCAAGAAAACACCAUGUAACGAAGCUUGUGGUCCACGACUUUCAUCGAGCCUGCCGGCAUGGGAACUCGGAGACGGUAGUGAAUGAAGUUCGGCAGUACUACAACAUUUCACGGUUAAGGACGGUGGUGAAGCAAGUUGCGGCUGCAUGCCAGUGGUGUAAAGUCGCGAAAGCGAACCCGAAGGUUCCUCGAAUGGCACCGCUGCCUGUGGCUCGAUUGUCAUCGUUCUGUCGGCCGUUUACCUACACCGGCAUAGACUUCUUUGGGCCGUUCUUGGUGAAAGUGGGAAGGAGCGCUGCCAAACGUUGGAUCUGCCUAUCCACGUGUCUCACCACACGUGCCGUCCAUGUUGAGGUUGCCCAUAGCCUGUCUACACCGUCGUGCGUCAAGUGUAUUCGCCGUUUCGUUUGUCGGCGAGGAGCGCCAGCGGAAAUCUAUACCGACAAUGGUACCAACUUCCAAGGUGCCAAACGUUUGCUGCAGGAAGAAAUCGAAAACGAAUUGGCAGCGACGUUCACAAAUGAAGAUACAAAGUGGAAUUUCAUCCCGCCAGGAGCACCUCACAUGGGUGGCGCGUGGGAAAGGAUGGUGCGGUCAGUUAAGUCGGCAAUGGAAGCUGCUUACAAGAACGAUCGAAAGCUGGACGAUGAAGGACUGGAAACGUUAGUCGUCGAAGCCGAGGGUAUCGUCAACAGUCGACCACUUACCUACUUACCUUUAGACGCUGCCGAAGGUGAGGCUCUAACACCAAACCACUUCCUAUUAGGAAGCUCUAAGGGAGUGCGUCAGCCGGCUGUUAACAUUAGUGACCCUGCCUAUGCGGUGAAGAGUUCCUGGAACCUUAUACAGCAUCAACUGGACAUAUUUUGGAAGCGUUGGCUUCAGGAAUACCUCCCGAUGCUCACUAAGCGGAUGAAGUGGUUCGGAGAAGUGACUCCCGUAGCUGUUGGAGAUCUGGUCCUCGUAGUUGAUGACACUCGCCGAAAUGGCUGGCUACGUGGAAGAGUGAAGGAAGUUGUGACUGCCGAAGACGGACGCGUUCGGCAAGCUGUGGUUCAGACUGCGAGGGGGUUACUGCGUAGACCGGUGUCAAAAUUGGCCGUGUUGGAGGUUGAGCCAGAUGGUAAAACUGGGACCGGUGACCAGUGUUACGGGGGAGAGGAUGUUACCGCCAGCACUGCUUCGCAGUGUGGACACGGCCUUACUAUGCGAACGCAACCACUGUGAACGCGGCCUAAUGCAAGCGGCGCGUCAACCGGUAUGAACUGUCAAUUGACGCGGGAAGAUGACAUGGCUUGUCAUCAGCAGUUAUUUCCGUUUGCACAAUCUUUUUUUCUUUGCAACAUCGAACGCGAUCAGACGUAAGUUAGGAGGCAGGAGUUCAUUUUGCUUUAAUCUAAAGUUUGUAAAAUUUAAUAGUAAAGUUGUUUGCUCUUUUCAGUGUUAAAUUGACUUAAACUAACUUACAGCUAGGACUUAAAACUAAAAUCACAGAUCAUUAUCACAAUAACGAGAUAUAUUUAGCGAGACUGUCAACAAUUAGUAAAGCCCUCGUAGGCAUUCUCGAUGCGCAACAGACGAACGUCGACGAAUUAUUCGCUCAUUCUGCACAAGGUAAGGUUUUAAAAUGUAAUGAAACAAUUGGUAUUGAUAACGACCUGAGAGGGAGAAACAAUCUCAAUAAUUGUGAACGUCAUAGCCAGCCAGAACGA